CUUAAAAACUGAUCUUCGAUUCAGAUACUUUCAUCAUUUUGAGCGACAUUAUUGGCGAAUCCUGAUUCUUUUUCCGGCCAAUAAGGCGCGAAGCAAUUCAGCCAAGGAGACGCUGCGUUGGCAUCACUUUGAGGCGUUCACUAUUCAGCUGCACGUGGAAGGCUCUCCUCAAAUUGUGUCGGAAUCUUUUAAACGGUGAAAAGCCAUGACAGACAAACCAAUGUGGGAGCAAAUCGGCACAGGAUUCGUGCAACACUAUUACCAGCAGUUUGAUUCAGACCGCAUGAAGCUCUCCGAACUUUAUACUGAUGCGUCCUGUUUGACAUGGGAAGGAGAGGGGUUUCAAGGGAAGUCUGCAAUCAUGAACAAACUAAAUAGCCUUCCCUUCCAGACCAUUCAGCACAGCAUCACAGCUCAGGACCAUCAUCCAACUCCAGACAGCUGUGUCAUGAGUAUGGUCAUGGGCCAACUCAAAGCUGAUCAAGACCAAGUUAUGGGCUUUCAACAAGUCUUCCUGCUGAAGAAUGUAAAUGACAAAUGGGUCUGCACUAACGACAUGUUCCGAUUAGCUCUUCAUAACUUUGGAGCAUAGUAUGAUCUCUAGUUCAAGUGUUUGCAGUUCAUGCAUCUUUUGUAUCUGGAGUACAGAUACAUAUUUCACACUUGGAACUGUUUUCUCCCUCCAAGAAUCUUUAAUGUCCAUGAUAACUCCAGGCAAGAAAAGGACGUGUUUAAAAAAGACAAUUAUAAUGAUCUGUUUUGUAUGUUGUGGCAUGCACUGUGUGAAAAUGACUCCACAAUAAAUUGAUAA